GACUGUGACGUCACACCGGAAGUCUGUUUCUAACAGACAUGGCGUGUUUGCUAGCCGUUAGCAGCAUGAGCUCCUCAAUGUUUUCUUUUAUAAAACGUCGCUCCUCAUGGAUACUCUGUUUGUUUCUAGUGAUUCAUGUGUCGACAUCCUCCGCUAAGCUGGACAGCCUGAGAGAAGUGACGGACAGCAGCUGGGAGGAAAUCUUGUCGGGAGAAUGGAUGAUAGAAUUUUACGCUCCCUGGUGCCCAGCCUGCCAGCAGCUCCAGACGGUGUGGAAGGAUUUUGCAGAUUGGGGGGAUGACAUGGGGGUCAACAUCGCCAAGGUGGACGUGACCGAGCAGCCCGGUCUGAGCGGGCGCUUCAUCAUCACUUCACUUCCGACCAUUUACCACUGUAAAGACGGCGUGUUCAGGAAGUAUCAGGGCGCUCGCACUAAAGAGGACUUCCUGAGCUUCGUGGACGAGCAGAAAUGGAAAUCCAUCGAGCCGAUCUCUUCCUGGUUCGGCCCGUCCUCCUUCCUAAUGAAUUCCAUGUCGGCUUUGUUCAAGCUCUCCAUGUUUAUCCGG